AUGAUGACUUCAUCGUCUGAACUGAGCCUUGACUGCAAACCCUACAACCAUUCCAUGCUUCUUAAAUCAUUUGGAGAACAGAUUGCUGAUUCUGAUACCAAAAAACUUGAAGAAUUUCUAGUUCGUCUUGAAGAAGAAAGACUCAAGAUUGAUGCGUUCAAACGUGAGCUUCCCCUUUGCAUCCAACUCAUCACCAAUGCUAUGGAGGCAUCAAGGCAACAGCUUCAAUCCUAUAGAGCUAGUGCAGGGCAAAGACCAGUUCUUGAAGAAUUUAUUCCACUUAAAAACACAAGUUCUGAAGGAAUUGAAAAGGCUAUAAAUAUGUCUGAUAAAACAAACUGGAUGACUUCUGUACAAUUAUGGAGUCAAUCAAAUGAAGAAAGCACAAAGCAACAAUCAUCUCCAAGAGAAAGUGAUAUGGGUUUUGGAGUUAGCUCCAAGCUAAGUUUGGAUGACAGGCAGAGAAAUGGUGGAGCUUUUCAUCCAUUUUCAAAAGAUUCUAGAAGUUCUUGUCCAAGCCCAAGUUUAACAAAUUUUGCAGAUUUAGCUCUUGCUUCAUCCCACAAGGAGAUGGAAGAAAAUAAAACGAAUUCAGAAGCUAGGAGAGAAAAUUCUGGUAAGUGUAGUGAUUCGUCAGCCGAGAAUGGUCAAGUUAAAGAUUCACAAGCCGCCGGAAUCAACCACUCCACUGCUGCGCAAACUCACCGGAAGGCAAGGAGAUGCUGGUCUCCGGAUCUGCACAGGCGUUUUGUGAAUGCUCUUCAGAUGCUAGGUGGUUCCCAAGUGGCCACGCCUAAACAAAUCAGAGAACUCAUGAAGGUUGAUGGUUUGACCAAUGAUGAAGUAAAAAGCCAUUUGCAGAAGUACAGACUACACACUAGAAGACCAAGUCCCAGCCCACAAGCAGGAGCCACGGCAGGUCCCCAGGUGGUGGUCCUAGGAGGCAUAUGGGUUCCACAAGAUUAUGCAGCAGCAGCCGCUGUCCAUGCUGGGGGUGCACCGGCUGCCCUUUAUGGCGCACACCCUUCUACUCAUGUAUCAGCAUCUUACUGUGCUACACAACCAGGGCCCCAAGAAUUCUACUCUGCACUAACGCCGCAACAGCCACCAAUUCACCACCAGCUCCAUGUGUAUAAGCCACCACUAUCACAGGCACAGGCACAUAACUCCCCCGGGUCGGACGUCCCGGGCGGAACCGGUUAUCGGUCUGAAAGCAUGGAAGAUGGGAAGUCUGAGAGUAGCAGCUGGAAAACUGAUAGUGUUGUGGAAAAUGGAGAGAGAAAAAGGUCAGUGCUAAAGGAGGAAGGUGAAGAGAGCAAUGGAAGUGAGAUUACUCUCAAAUUCUGA